CCCUGUCAGUCACAGGACCGGGUCCCACGAUUGGCGCGUGGCCGCCUCCUCUGUUUGGCUGGGUCGCUCCGCGUCUGCUGCCUGCUGCCUCCGCGAGUACCUCGAACUCUUUGAGGUGGAAGAUGGCGGAGAGCGCCUUCGCCGAGCGUAGCGACGGGAGCGAGGAGAAGGUUUCUGGUGCUGAAGUCAUCGCCCAGGCCCUGAAAACCCAAGAUGUGGAGUACGUGUUUGGCAUCGUGGGCAUCCCAGUGACCGAAAUCGCCGUUGCGGCGCAGAAGCUGGGCAUCAGAUAUGUGGGGAUGAGGAAUGAGCAAGCGGCUUGUUAUGCUGCCUCUGUGGUUGGAUAUCUGACAGGCAGGCCAGGUGUAUGCCUUGUGGUUUCUGGCCCAGGUCUUAUCCACACUUUGGGUGGUAUGGCAAAUGCAAAUGUGAACUGUUGGCCUUUGAUUGUGAUUGGUGGUUCUUCUGAAAGAAGGCAGGAAACAAUGGGAGCCUUCCAGGAGUUUCCACAGGUUGAAGCUUGUAGAUUAUAUUGCAAGUUCUCCGCCCGGCCGAGCAGCAUAGAAACUAUUCCUUCUAUUAUCGAAAAGGCAGUGAGAAGCAGUAUUUAUGGCCGUCCAGGUCCUUGUUAUGUUGACAUACCUGCAGAUUUUGUGAACUUCCAAGUGAAUGUGAAUUCUAUAAAGUACAUGGAGUGCUGCUUGCCACCUCCUGUUAGUAUGGCAGAAACUUCUGCUGUAUAUAUGGCAGCAUCUGUGCUUCGGAAUGCCAAACGGCCCCUCCUUAUCAUCGGGAAAGGUGCUGCUUAUUCCCGCGCAGAGGAGGCUAUCAGGAAAUUGGUGGGGCAAUGUAAAUUGCCGUUUUUGCCCACCCCCAUGGGUAAGGGUGUUGUCCCUGAUAACCAUCCAAACUGUGUAUCUGCUGCCAGAUCCAGGGCUUUGCAGUUUGCUGAUGUAAUUGUGCUAUUUGGUGCCAGAUUAAAUUGGAUUUUGCAUUUUGGACUGCCUCCAAGAUAUCAACCAGAUGUGAAGUUUAUCCAGAUUGAUAUCUGUGCAGAAGAAUUGGGGAAUAAUGUAAAGCCUGCUGUGAGUUUGCUAGGAGACAUAAAUGCUGUCACUAAACAGCUUUUAGAACAAUUUGAUAAAACACCAUGGCAGUAUCCUCCAGAGAGCAGCUGGUGGCAAACUCUGAGAGAAAAAAUGGAGAGCAAUGAAGCUGCAUCCAAGGAAUUAGCUUCCCAAAAAUCCCUGCCUAUGAAUUAUUACACAGUAUUCUACCAAGUUCAAGAACAACUACCCAGAGACUGUUUUGUGGUAAGUGAAGGAGCAAAUACUAUGGAUAUUGGACGCACUGUGAUCCAGAACUACCUUCCUCGUCACAGGCUUGAUGCUGGCACUUUUGGAACAAUGGGAGUUGGUUUGGGAUUUGCUAUUGCAGCUGCUAUAGUGGCAAGAGAUAGAAACCCAGGGAAGCGGGUCAUUUGUGUGGAAGGAGACAGUGCAUUUGGGUUUUCUGGGAUGGAAGUGGAAACCAUCUGCAGGUACAACUUGCCCAUUGUACUUUUGGUGGUGAAUAAUAAUGGAAUUUACCAAGGUUUUGAUGCAGAUACUUGGAAGGAAAUGUUAAAAUUUGGAGAUGCUACUGAAGUGGCUCCUCCAGUCUGUCUUCUGCCAAACUCACAUUAUGAGCAGGUUAUGACUGCGUUUGGAGGCAAAGGGUAUUUUGUACAAACACCAGAAGAACUCCAAAAAUCACUGAGGGAGAGUUUGGCAGACACAACUAAACCUUCUCUGAUCAAUAUCAUGAUUGAGCCGCAAGCCACACGGAAGGCCCAGAGGAGGUGACCCAGGAGGAGUUGAGAUCACAAAAGCUGCAGCAAACAGCCUCCCAACAAGGAUGCACCAUGGAUACAUGAGCUACCAAGAAUCAGAAACCCAUCCCUGAUGCCUGGGUAUUAGAUAAGCCCAAUGGUUCUUAGAGCAGUGUGGAAGAAGGUGGUUGGGGGCCAAUGAGGCCCUGACAUGACUGAAUUUAGUUUCCACCCUGGCCAAAUGGAGGAUAAAAUUGAGUUGAAUUGCUAAAAAUAAAUAUUUCUUUCACA